AUGAGCGUAUUUGUGCGUCUCCAAUCGUGCCUUUGUGCGGAGGGUGGCGUCAAAGUCAACCAUUCUCGCAUCUUCCAACCGCUUCGCAGUGCCGUUUGGAUGAAGUCUGAAGGGAGCAGGUUCGGAAUGAGCCAAGUCUGCUGGGAGGGGAGUGUCCGUGUGGGUUGCGCCAAAGCCUCGAAUCGCCAAAAAUCGCUCAGAAUCCGCAGGAGCAAGGCAGUCGGCAGAAAAGGGCGAUGGGCACAAAACGGUUUCAUUGCCCAGUCCCACCGGGCGGGUUGUCAGCGAACCGAUGGAGCGUGCAUGGCAACUCGUCUUGUCUCAUUUCCUCGUUUCCUCCCCAUCUUCGUCCUCCCGUCUUGUCCGUUUCGUGCAUAUCGCCUCAAGGCGCUGUACCAUUCGAGCCUGCUUUCUUUUUUGAUUGCCGACACGAGAAUGACACGAGUUGUCGCCACCCAAUUUCGAACAGGCAUUGCCGUUGAAGGCAGGACACUGUACCGCUUCGUUGACCAGCCGAAUGCUCUCUCUUCAUCCGAACAAAUUGGAGACUGUCAAUUUCUUUAUUACUCUGUUGUGCUUGCUCCUGCACCCACUUGCCCAGGCCUAAUUUAG